AUUACGAAUGCACUCACGGCUAUUUGUCGUUUUUCUUGUGGCGCUAGCGUGCGUUGAUGGAUUAAACAUUCACGGAAAUAAAGCUACAAUGAACGUGGGGCCCGACAAUUACACGAACAAGGUGCUUAUUGAAUACGACGGAACUGUUGAGGAGGCUAAAGAGUUUGGAAACAACAACAAUCUGAAGUUCCUGCGACAUGUUGUGCGUAGCUUCUACGAGUUCAGAAUUGUCGGUGCGAAGCAGAGGUCCACUUCACCUGUUGAGUGGGAUGUUAACGGAUUGAAAGGACGCGACAAAAAGCUGAAGAGUGCCGAGCAGGAAAAAGUCCACUAUAUGGUGACAAAAUCCGUUCUACGUGAGAGAAUAUUUAGCAAUGCCACAGAAGUGUUUCAUCAACGAUUUAGAAGAGCUAUUACUGUCAACGAUGCUAAGUGGUCAAAUCAAUGGCAUUUACAAACUAGCCAAAACCCCUCCAUGGGGAUUGAACAAGCGUGGAACAAAGGGUUCACCGGAAGUGGUAUCACACUGGCGAUAGUGGACGACGGUAUCGAUACUUCUCACAUCGACUUAAAUUAUGAUGCAGCCCUCAGUUUCAACUUCAUGCAAAACAUCGCUGAUCCCAACCACAUUAAUGGCGAUGAAGGGCAUGGGACAAAUUGCGCAGGUGUCGCAGCCGCGUUGAAGAACUCAGAAUGCGUUAUUGGAACGGCAUACGAAGCCAAUUUAGCUGGUCUACGAUUACUUGAUUCCAAGACCGGAAUGACGCCUUCGGACGAAGCCGCGGCCUUAACCUAUAAGUUGUCUGACAUCGAUAUCUACAGCAAUAGUUGGGGUCCGACCGACUCCGGAAUAACCGUGGACGAAUUGCCCAGCGUCGUUAACGCAGCAUUCGUGGAAGGCGUUGAACACGGCAGAGGAGGAAAGGGCGCAAUUUAUGUAUGGGCUUCCGGCAACGGUGGUGAUUUGAGUGACGAUUGUCAGGCUGAUGGAUACACGAUCAGCAUGUACACUAUUGCUAUAGCAGCCGUGUCGAAAUCCGGCACGCCCACGUCGUACUCGGAACAUUGCUCGGCCGUUAUGGCAGCGGCGUACAGUGGAAACAUUGACAGCGAUCCGAAUGAUCUGGCCAUUAUAACGACUGGUCCAUCUAACACUUGUGUGGACGACUUCGAUGGCACGUCUGCCGCGUGUCCACUAGCGGCAGGAAUCAUAGCACUCACGUUACAAGCAAAUGACGCCCUUACGUGGAGAGACGUUCAGCAUUUGAUCGUCAAAACAUCUGUCAGCGCCGGGCUAACUGGCGGUUUCUAUAGUAACGGGGCUGGCAAACAAGUGAGUCCAUAUUUCGGCUUUGGCCUGAUGAAUGCAGAAAAUUUGGUAGACUCCGCCGCAAGUUGGGAAACAGUACCUCCUCGCAUCCUCUGCUAUGCGUUCUCAACUGAAUCAAGGGAAAACAGCAAUGGCGUAACAAUCACAGACAUAAUAGACCUAAGUAAAUGUAAAGUUCUCUACACAGAGCACGUGACCAUAAAGGUUACAUUCCAGUCCUCGUACAGAGGCGAUACAAAUAUAAAGCUGAAAUCACCCGCAAGCACCGUUGUAACAGUUCUGGGCAAUCGAACCUUAGACGACGAUGCUUACCAGAUAACUUGGAGCCUUAUGACGGUCCACUUCUGGGGUGAAAGUGCCGCGGGCUCAUGGAGUGUAACCCUUUAUGAUGUCUUUGGGGGAAAUAACAUGAACCUCUACAGCUGGGAGCUGACAGUGUACGGUACCGUGACAGACCCAGUAGAUGGAACGCCAUCAGCUGGUUCCCUCGGCGGAAAGUGUACGGAGUCGGGAACCUGUAGCGGAUACAUGGAUGCCGGAUGUUUAAAGCCCGGUCUGGUCUGCGUCCCAUGUAACAAUGGCUUCCGCACAGUGCAUGGUUAUUGCAGAGAAGAUGGCACAGAAGGCGGCUUUUGUGAUGUGAGCAUUUUAUGUCAGAGCAUAACCGGAGGUUUAGAAUGCAAGAGCAACAUUUGCGUUACGUCCGAGUCCUCGUCAGCGAACAUUGGUCUUAUUGUUGGAGUCGUCGUCGGCGUUGUCAUGGGCCUCAUUCUUAUUGGGAUCGUGAUUUACGUCGUAUGGCAGAAGAUUGGCAAAAUGAAGGUGCAACCCUUUGUCAUAAAUGGUGCUGACAGAAAUGCUGGAUACACGAAUGCUGGUUAUGAACAUACUUCUGGUCUAGGUGGUAGUAGUAAAGAAGGCACUGUCCAUAGGUCGACUGCUGGCGGUCCAACUAUAGUCGGGCACUCGAUGGGUGCCACAUACAACCUUCCGCCAAUCUCUAACGCGCAUACUUUCUCUUGAUUUGUGUUUAACCAAUAGUAAACGAAUAUAUUAGCACGUGAUUUUCUUUCCACCCACUGAUUAUUGACAACCAACUCCCGCGUCUUCUAUCAAUUGUCGACCAUAAGAUCUCACAUUAUACAUUUUGCACACAAAAGCAAUGUACAUCUUGAACUUGAAGUAAUCCUGUCAAAAAUACACAUGCAAAGUAAUUUAAAUUGUUUUAAAAUCAUAAAGGAGUUGUGUGUAGCAACUCAGUGGAUUGAAACUUAAACGUUUGUUUGCAUUUUGGCAAAAAUAUGUCCCUGUGUGUACAUGCUAUUCUCGUGAUACACAGACAGUUUCGUGUGAAACGAUGAAUAUUUAAAUUUGAUACGAUCCCACAUAUUUAAUUUUGAUCCUAAGAUAGUGUCAUGCUUUUAGACGUUGAUGUUUACAUGUGUUUGCAACUUGUGAUAACUUAAAAUUAGUAAAUGGUUAUUUGCAAAUGUAAUUAGUAUUGUUGGAUGUGUUUUUUCUGAUGAUGAAUAUUUGUUAUACAAAUAUGCUAUUUUGCGAUUUUUUAACAGCACAAAAUACAACUUGUUCUCUGUACAUACAUAUUUUGCUAAGAUUUAUUUUAAUGUUAACUAAUUAUCACAUAUGUUCGUCCUAUU